AUGCUCGCUUUCGCUCCCUCGCUCCUCCUCGCUUUCGUCUUCCCAUCCUCCGUGUUGGGAGAGUCUCUACCCCAAAGCAGCAUCGCCACGGCCGCUCCGCCGCCAUGCGCGCUGGAAUGCGGCGUCAAGAUUCUCACAGAAUUCCAAUGUCUGCCUCAGAACUCAUGCUACUGCAAUGAUGUGGUAAUGAGCCAGGCUCUGACGAACUGUGUGACUUCAACCUGUGCGUUUGCAGACCAGCUCAAAGCGGCCAAGUACCGAGCCGACAUUUGCGGCCAACCGAUCAGGAAUCGAUCACACUACGCCAGACAUGCGGCGCCUAUUCUGUUCUCGUUGGCCAUGGCUUUUGUGAUUGCUCGCAUGCUCUCACGCUGCCCAGCCUUGUCAGGCGCGGGCUACAAAGCGGAUGAUUAUAUCGUCGCGCUACUUAUUAUUCCCACGAUCGCCAUGUUCGUCGUGUCACAAUACACUGUCAGGAAUGGGUCUGGGCAGGAUUUGUACGAGUUGUCACCAUUACAGAUCAAGACAUAUCUCAAGUGGUUCCUCGCUGGACAAGUCGCACUCUUCAUGGUUAUCUUCGGCACCAAACUCAGCUUGGUCUGCUUGUAUCUGCGAAUCUGGCACCCUUUCGACGGUCGCACCUGGUUCCAUUUCACCUGCUAUGGUCUCGCGGCAAUGUUGUCCAUUGCGCUCAUUGUCUCGUGUACCACUGUGACACUCGCAUGCCGACCUAUUGCUGCGUACUGGGACCUCACUCUCCGGCCGCAGGCAACGUGCUUGAAUUCGACAGGGCUUCAUUAUGGAUUUGCUUCUGUCAAUCUGGUCCUCGAUCUGGCCGUUCUGAUCAUGCCAAUGUCACGAAUCAUGAAACUCAGGGUAUCGGGUCCUCGCAAGUUAGGCUUACUCGCAACCUUCGCAAUCGGCGCUUUAGUCACCGCGUGCAGCGUAGUCCGCAUAGUCCUCCUCAAGCAGACUGAAAACACAACGAACCCCACCUACGACUUCUCUCCAGCUGGACGACUAGGCGUGGUCGAACUCAACGCCUCUGUCAUCACCUGCUGUAUGCCAGCAACAGCAGGACUAGCAAGGCGCCUCUGGGGCAAGGGCAUACAACCACUCUGGACAUCAUUGCACUCCCAGAGGUCUACAGCCGAUCAACUCGUUAGCAAUACCAGUACAGUCGACUCAUCCACAACCUGGAACACAGAAAAGUCGAAUUAUGGGAGGUAUAUCGCGCCCAAUGUACCCAGCCCAGCGGCCUAUCGCGCGGGAAGUUAUUAGGUUCAACUCCAUCGUGCUAAAUGUCACGUAGACAGGUUGCCGCAAAAAGAGCGGCAGCUUUAUUGCCAGAUACCAACAGUACAUCGACAGGAAGCAACAGCACGUCGAGAGCAGAUGACAGUAUAUCGAAACGAAUUAUGACAGUACUUCUUCCAGCG